AUGUCCACAAACGACAAAAGUGACGACUGGAAAGUAAAAUAUUUAAAACAAGAGGAGACACUGAAAGCUUUAUCAUCUCAUUGUUUUAAAGUUGUGGACAAGUAUGAAGAAGUGAUCAAGAAAUUUAAUGAAAAUAAAAAUAAGUAUGAUGCUGUUGUAAAAAGAUUGGAUGAAAGAGAAAAACAAUUAUUACAUAUUAGAAAAUUAUUAGAACCAGUGUAUGCUGAAUAUUCUACGUUAAAAGAGAAAUAUGAAAUUGAAUUGGAAUGUAGACAUGAAGCAGAGAAAUUUGCUUCAAAGAUCACUAGAGAAAAUAGAGUGUUAAAAAGACAGAGUCAAGCAUUUUUAGAUAUUCAUGAUGGGGAGGUACCUGUUGAAGAUGAAACUGAUACAUUUAAACCCUAUCUAGAUACACUUAAUAAGAAAAUAACAGAAUUGGAGGAAGAAAAGGCAGCAUUGUCUUCUGAAUUAAAACAACGCAACGAAGAUUUUGCCAUAUUACAAGAUGAUUAUUCUGGUUUAUUUAAAAAGAAUGACUUAUUAAUUAAGGAACUAGAACAAUGUAAAGUAUCUGUAGCUCAGUAUAAAGAUUCAUUAAAACAAGUCACUUCAGUAUCUGAAGCAGCAUAUGAAGAAUAUGAAAAUUUAAAGAAAGAAUAUGAAAAAGCUACAGUUUGUCAAAAUACAGCUGAAACAUUUGCUACAGAGAUGUAUGCGCAAAGUGAAGCUAUGAAGAGACAGAGUGCUGUUCUAUUAUCUAGUGCUAUGUCUGAUGAUAGAUUAAUGAAAGCUCUAAAUGAAGUAGAAACUUUAACACAACAAUUAGAAAUGAUGAAAAAAGAACAUAGGAAUAAGUUAAAAGAUUUUGAAAGAGAACUGGAAGAAUUAAAAGAUAAAGAUAUUAUUAGUACAUUAGAAAGUGAUAAUCAACAGUUACAUGAAGAACGUGAUCAACUAUCUACACAAUUAAUACAACUACAAACACAGUAUUCUAAUUAUGAAAAACAGUAUAAAACACUAGAAUCUCGAUAUCUUGAUGUUAGUUGUAUGCAGUAUUCUAAUUAUGAAAAACAGUAUAAAUCAUUAGAUCUUGAUGUAAGUUGUAUGCAGUAUUCUAAUUAUGAAAAACAUUAUAAAUCAUUAGAUCUUGAUGUUAGUUGUAUGCAGUAUUCUAAUUAUGAAAAACAGUAUAAAUCAUUAGAUCUUGAUGUAAGUUGUAUGCAGUAUUCUAAUUAUGAAAAACAGUAUAAAUCAUUAGAUCUUGAUGUUAGUUGUAUGCAGUAUUCUAAUUAUGAAAAACAGUAUAAAUCAUUAGAUGUUGAUGUUAGUUGUAUGCAGUAUUCUAAUUAUGAAAAACAGUAUAAAUCAUUAGAUUUUGAUGUAAGUUGUAUGCAGUAUUCUAAUUAUGAAAAACAUUAUAAAUCAUUAGAUUUUGAUGUUAGUUGUAUGCAGUAUUCUAAUUAUGAAAAACAGUAUAAAUCAUUAGAUUUUGAUGUUAGUUGUAUGCAGUAUUCUAAUUAUGAAAAACAGUAUAAAUCAUUAGAUCUUGAUGUUAGUUGUAUGCAGUAUUCUAAUUAUGAAAAACAGUAUAAAUCAUUAGAUCUUGAUGUAAGUUGUAUGCAGUAUUCUAAUUAUGAAAAACAGUAUAAAUCAUUAGAUCUUGAUGUUAGUUGUAUGCAGUAUUCUAAUUAUGAAAAACAGUAUAAAUCAUUAGAUGUUGAUGUUAGUUGUAUGCAGUAUUCUAAUUAUGAAAAACAGUAUAAAUCAUUAGAUCUUGAUGUAAGUUGUAUGCAGUAUUCUAAUUAUGAAAAACAGUAUAAAUCAUUAGAUCUUGAUGUUAGUUGUAUGCAGUAUUCUAAUUAUGAAAAACAUUAUAAAUCAUUAGAUCUUGAUGUUAGUUGUAUGCAGUAUUCUAAUUAUGAAAAACAGUAUAAAUCAUUAGAUCUUGAUGUUAGUUGUAUGCAGUAUUCUAAUUAUGAAAAACAGUAUAAAUCAUUAGAUCUGGAUGUAAGUUGUAUGCAUAAUUCUAGGAGACAUUUUACUCUACAAUUAGACACAGAAUUGGAGAAGAAAUAUGAAGAUAUUUUACAUCCUCCCCCUCCACCACCACCCCCUCUACCACCAGUAUCAGUGAUGAAAAAUAGAGGAUUUUUAUCAAGAAGUCAAAGUAAAAGAACAAAGGAAAGAAAUAUAAAAUUGGCCACAGGUGGAGCUAAAGCUAAUGAAGAUUAUAAUAAAGCUAUUAAUGAAAUGAUGUCCAGAAUAAAACAAGGAAAUCAAGCCUUACGACCAGUAUUAAAACCAGUUAGACGGCCUUCCUGUCCUGAUGACAAUGCUGGUGCUAUGGAAGAACUACAUACAAUGCUGAGUAAAAUGAAGAGAAAUCGUUCUGUGGGAGAUUUAUUAAGUAUUGAAGAUGAUGAUGAAUAUCAACUUCCAGAAUCAGAAUUAAAAUCAACAUUUCAAAAAAUUAAAAAGGCUGAAGAUAAG